GGCGGCGAUGGAGGCGGCGGCGGCAGCGGCGGCGGCGGCGGAGGGGGGGGCUCAGCCGAGGUGAUGCCGCCCCUGUAGGCUCGCAACGGGAGAGGUCUGUUGCGCAGCUUACGAUGGAAAGGCUGGUCGUCUCCCUGCUGGUUGUUAGCACCGCCGUGAAGGCCAUGAUGUGUCCCAAGCGCUGCAUGUGCCAAAACCUCUCCCCAUCCUUCACCAUCCUGUGCACCAAGACGGGGCUCCUCUUCGUGCCGCCCAGCAUCGACCGGCGCACGGCGGAGCUGCGCCUCAUGGACAACUUCAUCACCACGCUGCGGAGGAAGGACUUUGCCAACAUGACCAACCUCAUCCACCUCACGCUCUCCAGGAACACCAUCAGUCAGAUCAUGCCUUACGCCUUCUUCGAUCUCAAGGGCCUCCACGCCUUGCACUUGGACAGCAACCGCUUGACGCGCAUCGACGAAGACCACUUCAAAGGCUUGAUCAACCUCCGCCACUUAAUCCUCAGCAACAACCAACUGAGCUCCAUCUCCCCCGGCUCCUUGGACGACUUCAUCGAGACCAUCGAAGACCUGGACCUGUCCUACAACAACCUCGUCCACGUCCCGUGGGAGACCGUCGCCAAGCUCUCCAACGUCAACACCAUCAGCUUGGACCACAACCUCAUCGAGGCCGUGCCCGAAGGGAUCUUCUCCAACCUGCACAAGCUCGCCCGCCUGGACAUGACCUCCAACAAGCUGAAGAAGAUCCCUCCGGACCCCUUGUUUUCCAGGAUACCCGUGUACACCAAAUCCAAGGGCUCGCCGUUGUCGUCGCUGGUGCUCAGCUUCGGGGGGAACCCGUUGCAUUGCAACUGCGAGCUCGUGUGGUUGAGGCGCCUCACCAGGGAGGACGACCUGGAGACCUGCGCUUCCCCGCCGGAGCUCAUGGGCAAGUACUUCUGGUCCAUCAAAGAGGAGGAGUUUGUGUGCGAGCCCCCCAUGAUCACCCACCGCACCCCCAAGCUGGCGGCAACCGAAGGCCAAAGCAUCUCCUUGAAGUGCAAAGCCGUCGGCGAUCCCGAUCCCUACGUCCGGUGGAUCGCUCCCGAUGGGAAGCUGGUCUCGAACACAUCCAGGACUAUCUCCUACGAGAACGGCACCUUGGAUAUCCUGCUCGCUUCCCUAGGGGACAAAGGCACCUUUACCUGCAUCGCGUCCAACGCCGCCGGCGAGUCGACGGCGCCGGUCGAGCUCCUGGUGAGCCCGUACGCCAACCUGGCCAACAGCACCAACUGCGAGAAGGAUGCGGAGCCCGGCGCCUCGGACAUCCUCAUCUCGGCCAAGUCGAGCUUUCCCAACGAAACGAAGGCUCCGCAGGACAAGGGGGUGGUGGUCACGGAGUUGACUUCCUCCUCCGCUCUCAUCCAGUGGCCUUCCCAGCAUCACCUCCCCGGCAUGCGGAUGUACCAGAUCCAGUACAACAGCUCGUCCGACGACAUCCUCGUGUACAGGAUGAUCCCGGCCUCCAGCAAAUCCUUCUUCUUGGCUGAUCUGGUUGCAGGGCGCGAGUACGACCUCUGCGUCUUGGCCGUCUACGACGACGGCUUGACGGCGUUGACGGCCACGAGGACCGUUGGGUGCGUGAGGUUCACCACCCAAGAGGAGUACAAGCGGUGCCGCUCGCUCCACGCUCAGUUCCUGGGCGGCACCAUGAUCAUCGUCAUCGGCGGCAUCAUCGUGGCCUCGGUGCUCGUCUUCAUCUUCAUCCUCCUCCUCAAGUACAAAGUCUACAACCACCACGCCAAGAGCAAGGCGCCCACCGUGACCCACGGCUGCUCCCAAACCAACGGCGCCGCAGCCAAACUGCCCGACCCACGGGAGAGCCUCCAGCAAGGGCAAACGGGGAGCGAGGGGGAUUGCACCGUGGCCUUUGGGACAAUGGAAACGUUGCCUUAA